AUGUUAUUACGUGCUGUUGAUGUUUUCGACAUUUAUGUCGAACCAUUUAUUCAUUCUGGUUUCCGUCUACCUAAUCAACCAUAUUCAUAUUAUUAUCGAUCACUUUUUUCAUUACAUAAUGAAACAUUAUCUAUAUGGACUCAUUUAUUUGGCACAAUUAUUCUUAUUGUACAAGCAUUUCAACAAAUUUCUCAAUUAUCAAUUAAUUUAUAUUCAACAAUACAAUGUAUUUAUAUUAUUUAUAAUUGUAUUGGUGCUUGUAUUAUGUUAUUAUGUUCAGCUCAAGCACAUUUAUUUCAUUCAAGAACAUUAGCUGAUCAUUUACGUUCAUUUUAUCUUGAUUAUUUUGGAAUUAAUUUUUAUGGUUUUACGUCGGGUAUUAUUCUUUAUAGAUUUUCACAUAAACAAAAAUUUUCUAUGUUUACAAAUGAAACAUCAUAUUAUUUAAUAUUAAGUUUUUUAUCAUUAUAUUCAUUAUCAAUUGCAUGUUUUUGUAAAACAUUUUAUCGUCGACCAUAUCCAUAUUCACAUAAAUUUUUACAAUGUUCAAGUGUUUUAAUUCUUUAUCUUUUUCAAAUUUGGCCUAUAUUAAAAAAUAUUUUUUUUACUUUUAUUUUAUAUGAUAAUAAUCAAGAAUUAAUUAAAUUUGAAGAAAAAGCUCUUUUUUGGCAUUUAAUACAAAUUAUAUCAUUUAUAUUAAGUGGUCUCAUUUUUGUCGGAAGAGUUCCUGAACGUUUUUGUCCGGGUUUAUUUGAUUUAUUUGGUCAAUCACAUCAUACAUUUCAUCUUACUAUUUUUCUAAUGUCUUUUAGUCAAGCAAAUGCUGUAUUCGAAGAUAUGCAUUCAAUGUCAUUAAAUAAUAUUCAAUAUAAUUUAAUGAAAGAUAUUUUAUAUACUUUAAUUGUUCUUAUUUUAGAAUUAAUUACUGUUGUUAUAUGGUUUCGUAUAAGUCGACCAACUAUUGAACGACGAUAUAAAAUAGAUUUUAAAAAUGAAUAA